CAGUGGAUGCUGAUGCAUCGGAACUCGGGAAAACGAUGCUAACAUUUUGGAACCAAGGAAGGACUGUGUUGUAAUAUGAGUAGCUAGAUCAAACUUCCCCCAUUCAGUUGAAAUUUAGGAUAGCCUACUGCUCAGCAUGUAGGGACUUGAAGAUGACUUUUCAACGGUUUUCUCUGCGGUUGCAUUGCCGUAACUUUUAACUGGCACAGGAUAUGGAUGGAUAUCAUGAUGAAUUGCUCAACUAACAGACAACAAUUCGACUUCAAGAAAAGGCGUCUCAUUUUGUUUCCAGACAUUGUACCCCUGAUUCAUCUAAGUUCCGCUGUGUAAUGAAGGCAACUUACGUGCCCGUUUCGCAUGAGCCGAGGAGGUUUUGGUCGGCACUUUCAAGUCGUGGCUUCAAAAUGAGGAAACCCAGGGUGAAUCGGAUGGUCCUGGCUAUGUGUUUGGGAUCCUUCGUCAUGGUCAUAUUUUAUUUCCAAAUUAAUCUAAAGCCAGCAGCAGCACAGGGUAGUGACCAGACCAGGACUCUGGCCAAGUCUGGGAGGAGCCCACUGCAGACGCUGUACGACACCGACCCGAUGGAGCUGUCCCCGUUGCAGGUGAUGCACCAGGGCCGGCGUGAGCUGCUGGAGGAGGCGUGCCGCUCGUACACGCGCAAGCGCCGCGUGCUCAUCCCCGAGGACCUGAAGCACGUGAUGGUGGACGACCAGCACGGCCUGCUCUACUGCUACGUGCCCAAGGUGGCCUGCACCAACUGGAAGCGCGUGCUGAUGGUGCUGACGGGCGGCGCGGGGCCCGAGCGCGAGCGCCGCCAGCCGCUGCAGAUCCCGGCGCACGAGGCCCACGUGCCGGGCAACCUGCGCACGCUCUCCGAGUACUCCACGGCCGAGAUCAACCAGCGGCUGCGCGGCUACCUCAAGUUCCUGUUCGUGCGCGAGCCCUUCGAGCGCCUGGUGUCGGCGUACCGCAACAAGUUCACGCGCAGCUACAACACGGCCUUCCACAAGCGCUACGGCACCAAGAUCGUGCGCCGGCAGCGGCCCGACGCCCGGCCGGAGGCGCUGGAGCGCGGCGACGACGUCUCCUUCGGCGAGUUCGUGCGCUACCUCGUGGACCCGGCCACGCAGCGCGAGGAGCCCUUCAACGAGCACUGGGAGCGCGUGCACUCGCUCUGCCACCCGUGCCUCAUCCACUACGACGUGGUGGGCAAGUACGAGACCCUGGAGGAGGACGCCGCCUACGUGCUCAAGCUGGCCGGCGCCGACGGCGAGGUGCGCUUCCCGGCCUCGGGCAAGAGCACGCGCACCACCGGCGAGCUGGCCGCCAGCUACUUCAAGGACAUCAGCCCCGUCUACCAGCGCAAGCUGUACAACCUCUACCGCAUGGACUUCCUGCUCUUCAACUACACCAUGCCCGGCUACCUGAAGGUCAGAUGAGGGCAAGAGAGAGGAGAGGGAUGUCGGAGGGCAGCAGGGGUAGGGGGGGUCACUAUGGGCCUCUGUCAUUCGUCUUUUUUUAUCUAUCCUCCCUUCCUUCCUCAGUCCUCGUUCCCACUGAUCUAGAUAAAGAAUGAUGGGGCGGCAACAAUGGGAUAGUCUAUCCAGGGUUCUUUAUAGAUCAGUGGGAACGAGCCUGGAGGACCGAGCAUGGAGGAUCGAGGGGAGAGGUUGAGAAGGGGCCAGUGUCUACAUCUCACAAACGUACCUCUCCUGUAGCCUACUGCUGUUUGAACAAGAGAUCCCUUACAAAUGGAUUAAUAUAUUGGAUUUUUCACCAGACUCGUUUGAACUUGAACUUGGAGGGGCAUCUACGAAUGUCAGAGAGUACUCUGUCUCCAUUCCAGUGAAAAGUCUUUUUUCUUUUUUUUUUUUAUCAAUUUCUGUUGAUAAAUGUAAUUUAUAGAUUUUAUAAAAAGGAAACGUUGCAAGCCAACAGAACUGAUGCAGAUGUUGUUCUUACUGAGGACUCUUAAGCUGAGAUGAUGGUCAGACAUGAGGGAAAAGCAUUUAUAUGAUACAGUAGAUUUGCCGUCAUGGGUAUGGGGACAUUUGAAUAUGGUAGUUCACCUUCUGUUUUCCCACAGUCAUUCACACCUACUUAACCAGACUGCCUGUCGCCUCCUGGACACAUGCGGACAGAUUGCCACGUCAGACUGGAGGGACUGCCUGCACUGUGGCUUCACUCAGAGCCAAAAGAAGUUCCGGAAGCUUCUGUCCGUCUGAAGCGUCACCUCUGCCCAGCGGGGCGUGGCGCCUCAACAAAGAAGGUGCCUGUAAAAAAAAAAAAAAAAAAACGACUCACAGGACUUUUAUUUUGGCAACUCUGAGCUGAGCUCAGACUUGUCCCCCCCUCCCCACUCCCCGCUCACCAGAGAGACGAACCCUGUCCAACAUACUGUGAAAGUGAUAGGAGGAUGUCAACGUCUUGCUGUGACCUUGUGGCGGUGUCGAGUGAGUGUGUGUGUGUGUGUGUCUUGGUAGAUCACCACGUAGUGCCUUCUCUCGUUUUAUCAUUGUGUCCUCAUUACAGACUCACCACGUGCUGCUCCACGUGUUGUGGGAUACUUUUUUGAGGGACUUCCAGCAACGACUUGGCGGCCAUCUUUGUUUGUUUGUUUCUGGAUCCAACAUCCACACUUCACCUCCAGUACUGUAUUGUGACAUUGUUGUCUUGCGAGGUAACAGUUUAUUUAUUUGUCAGAGGUUUUUGGACAGAGACAAGUCAGCCAAAGCUUUUUCAAAGCCGCAUGCAGACCAAGGAAAUCACUCAACUGAAUUCUUCCCUCUUACACAUCAGCCGAAAUAAACUUUCAAC